UCUUUCAUAUUUUAAACAAAAUGCGCGAUCAAGUCCAUAGUAUUCUUAAAGCAAUGUAUGAGAGAAAAAAACAAAUAGAAAAUGAGAAACAUCAAACCUCAUCCAAAGGUAAAGCCAAGAGAAAAAGGAUGGGUCAAGCAGAGAAGAUUGAGAACAAAAAAGAAAAGAAAAAGGCGAAAUACGAUCACAAUGAUGAGCAAGAAAAAGACGUUGUUUGUACAAGUUGCCACCAAAAAGGACACAAGAAUGCAAAAUCUUCCUUAUGCCCAAAUCGAAAGUUAACAAAACAAGAAGAACUUCAGCAGCUCAUGGGGAAUCGAAAGACAACAACAGUCAAAACAAAACUAGAAACUAUUCUGCGUCCUGCCCAUAGAAACAUAAAAGAAAAUAAUCAAAGUGUCCAAAGAUAUUAUGAACAUUUUAGUUCGUGCCCAGCUCUUUGUGGAUUACUAUAUCAUGAGCCACAAUGGACUUAUUGUCGAUAAGAAAGUCUUCACUCAGAACUUUUGGUAUUCUAUCAGUCAAUUGGUAUUGGACAAAACACCAACAAACAAAAAGUCUCUUCCAGACGACAUUUUUAGCAGCUGGGGAAAUUUUUCAAGUCGAUACAAAGAAAUAGUAUAUAGAAUGGAUAAUCCCGUUGCCGGAUAUAGUCAAUGCCUGACUGCUGCCUGUGUUGAAGUAGCGACAUGCUAUAAUGAUAUGAUUGUUGAAUGUUUUCAAUCAAGACUUAUGUCACAUUUGGUUCGUACAAUCAAAGCGUCAGUGAAGCAG